AUGUCGGGUGAUGCCAUAAUGGCGGAGUUUGGGUCAGCCGCUACCUAUCUGAGAAAGACAGACAAGGAGCGGCUGGAGGCCCAGACUCGACCCUUCGACAUGAAGAGGAUGUGUUUUGUACCCGACCCUGAGGUGGAGUACGUUAAAGCCACAAUCACCAGCAGGGAUGGCGGCAAAGUCACCGUUGAGACUGAGUUUGGGAAAACUACAACCCAUAAGGAGGAAGACAUCCACCCUCAGAACCCGCCAAAGUUUGAUAAAAUUGAGGACAUGGCGAUGUUCACCUUCCUCCAUGAACCUGCUGUGCUGUUUAACCUCAAAGAGCGUUAUGCAGCAUGGAUGAUCUACACCUACUCAGGGCUGUUCUGUGUGACUGUCAACCCCUACAAGUGGCUGCCAGUGUACGAUCAGUCAGUGGUCAAUGCCUACAGAGGAAAGAAGAGGACUGAAGCUCCUCCUCACAUCUACUCCAUCUCUGACAACGCCUACCAGUACAUGCUGGCAGACAGAGAAAACCAGUCUAUCCUUAUUACCGGAGAAUCUGGAGCAGGAAAGACUGUGAACACCAAGAGAGUCAUCCAGUACUUUGCCAGCAUUGCAGCUGUUGCUGGCAAGAAGGAUGCUUCUCAGGAGAAAAAGGGCACCCUGGAGGAUCAAAUCAUCCAGGCUAACCCUGCUCUGGAGGCUUUUGGAAAUGCCAAGACCAUCAGAAAUGACAACUCCUCCAGAUUUGGUAAAUUCAUUCGAAUCCACUUUGGGGUGAGUGGAAAAUUGGCCUCUGCUGAUAUUGAGACAUAUCUGCUGGAGAAGUCUCGUGUCACUUAUCAGCUCAAGGCUGAGAGAGACUACCACAUCUUCUAUCAGAUUCUGUCCCAACAGAAACCAGAGCUGCUGGAAAUGCUGUUAAUCACGAACAACCCCUAUGACUACAGCUACAUCUCCCAAGGAGAGACAACUGUAGCUUCCAUCAAUGAUGGUGAAGAGCUGAUGGCUACUGAUGAAGCUUUUGAUGUCCUGGGCUUCAUCCAAGAGGAGAAGAAUGGCAUUUACAAGUUGACUGGUGCCAUCAUGCAUUUUGGAAACAUGAAGUUCAAACAGAAGCAGAGGGAGGAGCAGGCAGAGCCUGAUGGCACAGAGGAUACGGACAAAGUUGCAUAUCUGAUGGGCUUGAAUUCUGCUGACCUCAUCAAAGGCCUGUGUCACCCAAGAGUGAAAGUAGGCAAUGAGUGGGUCACCAAGGGUCAGAGUGUGCAGCAGGUGUACUACUCUAUUGGUGCACUGUCCAAGUCGGUGUACGAGAAAAUGUUCUUGUGGAUGGUGGUGAGAAUCAACCAAUCUCUGGAAACCAAGCAACCCCGCCAGUACUUCAUUGGUGUGCUGGACAUUGCUGGAUUUGAGAUCUUUGAUUUCAACACCUUUGAGCAACUGUGCAUCAACUACACUAAUGAGAAGCUGCAGCAGUUCUUCAACCACCACAUGUUUGUGCUGGAGCAAGAAGAGUACAAGAAAGAGGGCAUCGUGUGGGAGUUCAUUGACUUUGGUAUGGACUUGGCAGCCUGCAUUGAACUCAUUGAGAAGCCCAUGGGCAUCAUGUCCAUCCUUGAAGAGGAGUGCAUGUUCCCCAAAGCCAGCGAUCAAACAUUUAAAGCCAAACUGUAUGACAACCAUCUGGGUAAAAGUCCCAACUUCCAGAAGCCAAGGAUUGUUAAGGGGAAACCAGAGGCUCAUUUCUCCCUGGCUCACUAUGCUGGUGUUGUUGAUUACAACAUCACUAACUGGCUGGAGAAGAACAAGGAUCCACUGAAUGAGACUGUGGUGGGACUCUUCCAGAAGUCCACCCUGAAGUUACUGUCUAUGCUGUUCGCUGGGUAUGCUGGCGCAGAUUCAGCCCAGGAGGGUGGAAAAGGAAAGGGAGGAAAGAAGAAGGGUUCUUCCUUCCAGACCGUGUCUGCACUGCACAGGGAGAAUCUGAACAAACUGAUGACCAACCUCAGGUCAACUCACCCCCACUUUGUCCGCUGCAUCAUCCCCAAUGAGACCAAGACUCCUGGGGCGAUGGAGAAUCCUCUGGUCAUGCACCAGCUGCGCUGUAACGGUGUGCUGGAAGGCAUCAGGAUCUGCAGGAAGGGAUUCCCUAACAGGAUCCAGUAUGGAGACUUCAAACAAAGAUACCGUAUCCUCAAUCCCAAUGCUAUCCCUGAGGGGCAGUUCAUGGACAACAAGAAAGCAGCAGAAAAACUGCUGGGCUCUCUGGAUAUCGACCAUGAGCAGUACAGGCUGGGACACACAAAGGUGUUCUUUAAAGCUGGUCUGCUGGGUCUUCUUGAGGAGAUGAGAGAUGAUCGUCUCGCUCUCAUCAUCACUGGAAUUCAAUCAAGAGCCAGAGGAUUACUCGCCAGAAUUGAGUUCCAGAAAAUUGUUGAGCGCAGGGAUGCCUUACUGGUGAUCCAGUGGAAUGUGCGCGCCUUCAUGGGUGUCAAAAAUUGGCCCUGGAUGAAGAUGUACUUCAAGAUCAAACCUUUGCUGAAAACAGCAGAGACUGAGAAGGAGAUGGCAAACAUGAAGGAGGAGUUCACAAAACUCAAAGAGGCUUACGCUAAAUCUGAAGCCCGCAGGAAAGAGCUGGAGGAAAAAAUGGUCACCCUUAUCCAAGAGAAGAACGACCUGCAGCUCCAAGUCCAAUCUGAACAAGAUAAUCUUAUUGAUGCAGAGGAGCGCUGUGAGGGUCUGAUCAAAAGUAAGAUCCAGCUCGAGGCCAAAUCCAAAGAGCUGACAGAGAGACUAGAAGAUGAAGAGGAAAUGAAUGCAGAGCUGACUGCCAAGAAGAGGAAGCUAGAGGACGAGUGCUCAGAACUCAAGAAAGAUAUUGAUGAUCUGGAGUUGACUCUGGCUAAAGUGGAAAAAGAAAAGCAUGCCACUGAGAACAAGGUUAAAAACCUGACUGAAGAAAUGGCAGCUUUGGAUGAAAUCAUUGCCAAGCUGACUAAAGAGAAGAAAGCUCUUCAGGAGGCUCAUCAGCAAACGCUGGACGAUCUGCAGAGUGAGGAGGACAAAGUCAACACUCUGACCAAGGCCAAAACCAAACUGGAGCAGCAAGUCGAUGAUCUUGAAGGAUCGUUGGAACAAGAGAAGAAAGUGAGGAUGGAUCUGGAAAGAGCCAAGAGAAAACUGGAGGGGGACUUGAAGUUGACCCAAGAAAAUGUAAUGGAUCUGGAAAAUGACAAGCAGCAGCUGGAGGAAAAACUCAAAAAGAAAGACUUUGAAAUCAGCCAGCAACUGAGUAAGAUUGAGGACGAACAGGCCAUGGGUGCUCAACUACAGAAAAAACUGAAGGAGUUACAGGCCCGCAUUGAAGAGCUGGAGGAAGAACUGGAGGCAGAGCGAGCUGCCCGAGCCAAGGUGGAGAAACAGAGGGCCGACUUGUCCAGAGAGCUGGAGGAGAUCAGUGAGAGGCUGGAGGAGGCUGGAGGAGCCACUGCUGCCCAGAUUGAGAUGAACAAGAAGAGGGAGUCUGAGUUUCAGAAGAUGCGCAGAGACCUCGAAGAGGCCACUCUGCAGCAUGAAGCCACUGCUGCUGCACUGAGAAAGAAGAACGCAGACAGCGUGGCUGACCUGGGAGAGCAGAUUGACAACCUGCAAAGAGUCAAACAGAAGCUGGAGAAAGAGAAGAGCGAGCUCAGACUGGAGCUGGAUGACGUGGUCUCCAAUAUGGAGCAGAUUUCCAAGUCCAAAACAAACCUGGAGAAAAUGUGUCGCACUCUUGAAGAUCAAACGAGUGAACUGAGGACUAAAACUGAUGAAAGCCAACGCGUCAUCAAUGAUUUUACCAUGCAGAAAGCAAAGCUUCAAACUGAGAAUGGUGAGCUUUCCAGACAGCUGGAGGAGAAGGACUCUUUGGUCUCCCAGCUGACCAGAGGGAAGCAGUCUUACACUCAGCAGAUUGAAGACCUCAAGAGACAGCUAGAGGAGGAAGUCAAGGCCAAGAACGCACUUGCUCAUGCAGUGCAGUCCUCUCGCCAUGACUGUGAUUUGCUGAGAGAGCAGUUUGAGGAGGAGCAGGAGGCCAAAGCUGAGCUCCAACGCGGCAUGUCCAAGGCCAACUCUGAAGUGGCUCAGUGGAGAACAAAGUACGAAACUGAUGCCAUCCAGAGGACUGAGGAGCUGGAAGAAGCAAAGAAAAAGCUCGCCCAACGCUUGCAGGAUGCAGAGGAAGCUGUUGAAGCUGCUAACGCUAAAUGUUCCUCCCUGGAGAAAACCAAACACAGGCUUCAGGGUGAGAUUGAGGAUCUCAUGGUGGAUGUGGAGAGAUCAAAUGCUGCUGCUGCGGCCUUAGACAAGAAACAGAGAAACUUUGACAAGGUCCUUGCUGAGUGGAAGCAGAAGUAUGAGGAGUCCCAGACAGAGCUGGAAGGCGCCCAGAAAGAGGCUCGUUCUCUCAGCACUGAGCUCUUCAAACUGAAGAACUCUUAUGAAGAAUCUCUGGAUCAUCUGGAGACCAUGAAACGAGAAAACAAGAAUCUCCAAGAGGAAAUUUCUGACCUGACUGAGCAACUUGGUGAGGGAGGGAAGAGCAUCCAUGAGCUGGAGAAGAUCCGUAAACAGCUGGAGCAGGAGAAGGCUGAGAUACAAACUGCUCUGGAGGAAGCUGAGGGUUCCCUUGAGCAUGAGGAAGGUAAGAUCCUCCGAGUUCAGCUUGAGUUCAACCAGGUGAAGGCUGACAUUGAGCGCAAACUGGCAGAGAAGGACGAGGAGAUGGAGCAGUCCAAACGUAACCAUCAAAGAGUGUUGGACACUCUGCAGAGCUCCCUGGAGGCUGAGACUCGCAGCAGAAACGAGGCUCUCAGGCUGAAGAAGAAGAUGGAGGGAGAUCUCAAUGAGAUGGAGAUCCAGCUGAGCCAGGCCAACAGGCAGGCAGCAGAGGCUCAGAAGCAGCUCAAGGGAGUCCACACUCAUCUGAAGGACUCCCAGCUGCAGCUGGAUGAAGCUCUCCGUAACGGUGAUGAUCUGAAAGAGAACAUCGCCAUUGUGGAGAGACGUAGCAACCUGCUGCAGGCUGAACUGGAUGAGCUGAGGUCUCUGGUGGAGCAGACUGAGAGAGGUCGUAAACUGGCUGAGCAGGAACUGCUGGAUGUCAGUGAGAGAGUUCAGCUGCUGCACUCCCAGAACACCAGCCUGCUGAACCAGAAGAAGAAGCUGGAGGGAGACACAUGCCAGCUUCAGAAUGAGGUGGAGGAGGCCGUGCAGGAGUGCAGAAAUGCUGAAGAGAAGGCAAAGAAGGCCAUUACUGAUGCUGCCAUGAUGGCAGAGGAGCUGAAGAAGGAGCAGGACACCAGCGCUCACCUGGAGCGCAUGAAGAAGAAUAUGGAGCAAACCAUCAAAGACCUGCAGCACCGUCUGGAUGAAGCUGAGCAAAUAGCCAUGAAAGGUGGCAAGAAGCAGGUCCAGAAGCUGGAGGCCAGGGUGCGAGAGUUGGAAAAUGAGGUGGAUAUGGAGCAGAGGAAAAGCAGUGACUCUGUGAAAGGAAUACGGAAGUACGAGAGACGCAUCAAAGAGCUCACCUACCAGACAGAGGAGGACAAGAAGAAUAUGACCCGCCUGCAGGACCUGGUGGAUAAACUGCAAAUGAAAGUCAAAUCCUAUAAGAGGACUGCAGAGGAGGCUGAGGAACAGUCCAAUGCACAUCUGGGCAAGUUGCGCAAGGUACAGCAUGAGCUUGAGGAAGCAGAGGAGAGGGCUGACAUUGCAGAGUCCCAGGUCAACAAGAUGAGAGCUAAGAGCCGUGACUCUGGUUCUAAGAAAUCACACGAUGAAGAGUGAAGCCUCUAACUGGAUCUUCAUGAAUAUAGUUUUAAAUAUAGUACCUCAGUUUAUUUACUCUCCAUGUAACAUGGAAUAGAGAAUAAAUGAGUUUGA